AUGUCUCUCAGGAAAUGUUGCUUCUCUAUAUGCGUACAGGCAUGUGUGGGGGAUAUUUUUACUGCUGUUCUUAAAUGUCUAUUUGCCAGCAGCUGUAGUCAGAAGCUGCCAUUUCUUGUUGAACAGAUCUUUGCUUUAAUACUUGUUUCUUUAUUUAUCUUUUUCUCCUUCUUUCACCUUUCUUUUCUCAAUUUUUUUCUUUCUUCUUCUUUCUUCUUCUUUAUUCCUUCACUUCUUUCAUUUAUCUUUUUUGGUGUCUUUCUUUAUUUCUUUCUCUUUCUUUCUUUUUCUGUCUUUAUUUCUUUCUCCUUCCUGCAUUCCUUCUUUCAGUUUAUUUUUUCAGUUUCUUUCUUUUCUUCCUUUUCUUCCCUUUCUUUUUCUUCUUUCAUUUUCUUUCUCCUUCUUUCAUUCCUUCUUUUCUUUCUUCCUUUCUUCACUUCUUUCUUUCUUCCUUCCUUCAAUCCCCCCUUUCUUUUCUUCCUUCCUUCCCCCCUUUCCCCCUUUUCUUUUUUCUUCCUUCCUUUCUUUCUUCCUUCCUUCACUCCCCCUUUCUUUCUUCCUUCCUUCACUCCCCCUUUCUUUCUUCCUUUCUUUCCCCUUUCCUUCCCUUCCCCCCCUUUCUUUUUCUUCCUUCCUUCCUUUCUUUUUUUAUUUUCUUUCUUUCUUUUUCUGUCUUCCUUUCUUUCUCCCCUUUCCUUUUUCAGUUCCUUUUUCCUUUCCUUUUCCCCUUUCUUUCUUCCUUCCUUCACUCCCCUUCCUUUCUUUUUUCUCUUCUUCCUUCCUUCCUUCCCCUUCUUUUCUUCUUCCUUCCUUCCUCCCCUUUCUUUCUUCCCUUCACUUUCUUUUUCCUUCCUUCUUCCUUUCUUUUCUUUUCUUCCUUUAUUUCUUUCUUUUUUCUUUUUCUUCUUUUAUUUCUUCUUUCUUCCUUUCUUUUCUCUUUCUUUUCUUUCUUCCUUUCUUUUCUUUUCUUUUCUUUUUCUUUCUUUCUUCCUCUUUUCUUUCUUCCUUUCUUUCUUUUCUUUUUCUUUCUUUUCUUUUUUUUCUUUCUUUCUUUCUUUUCUUUCUUUUCUUUCUUUCUUUCUUUUCUUUCUUCCUUUCUUUCUUUCUUUUCUUUCUUUCUUUCUUUCUUUCUUCCACAUCUAUUUUUGA